AUGUAUAUUCCCAUCCCGCCGCGCCGGCCGGGCGGUCUCGGGCCGGACCCGAGAAGUGAGCCUGCGCUCAUUCCUGCAGGUCUUGCACGUCGCGAUGUCGACUCGUUCUCGCAAGACGCGUUAGCACCGAGAUCGGCCCUCAAGCGCCGGUCCGACGGGGACACCGGAACCACGAUAGGAGUGGUUGUCGGCGUCGUCCUGGCCCUCUUCCUCGCCGGCGUCCUCGCGUUCUGCUGGUACUACCGGGUCUCGAUCCGGACCAAGGCGAAGAAGAAGCGCCGGCGCAGACGCCGUCGCCGUCACAGAAAGUCUUCCAAGGGGUCUUCGUCGUCUUCGGACAGCGCGGCAACGGCGGCGGCGGCAGCGCCGGCAGACCCGCCGGCGGACAAACCGGCAGAAUGA